GGUGGCGUCUAUAGUGAGCUGGCCAUUGACACGUUCAGACUUGGGUAUUCUUUUGCUUUCAGUAACCACCAUAACGAUAUCGACAAACCCCAAAUGUCGGCCUCAGCACGCGCAGAAGCUCGCCGAAAGGCCAUCCUCAGCCGUGGAAAUGAUCGUCUCGCAAAGCUGACCACGUCUGCCAGAGGGGAGGACGCACCGGCGUACAUGCAUGACAAACAGCCCUCUAGAAGCGUCUCUGCAAAUCUUGAAGCUUUCGUGGGCGAAGAAACAAACAUGCCUCCUCCCUCUAUUGUUUCCUCUGAGCAGUCAAGGCCAUCGCCUCCGCCUCCAUCUUUUAGAGCCUCCAAUCUUGCAAGCGCACCUCCUGACCCGAGUGUCUGGUCUGAGGAGCACCAAAAUCAGUUUCUUCAGGCUCUCAUGAGUGGUGCACUCAGUCCUCCAUCCUCUAAUCAACCUAUUGUUCCACCGCUCCCUUAUGCGUCUAGUGGUGCUGCAAUGACCCCUCAAAGUGACCCACUUGCAUCAAUCAUGUCCGGCUUUCCUCCAUUCCCUCUGUCGCAAGGGCAAAACGGAACGGGGAAAGUAUCUACAGUCCCUCUUCCCCCGAAACCAGCCACGCGCUUUCAGAAACUCACACCACUCCUUCAUCUCUUGAGUGUUUGGUGUUUGCUUGCAUUUUUCGUGCUGUGGAAGGAACCCGAGCUAUUCUUAGCGCAGACCCAUGGUGCUGUUGACGAGAUAUAUUGGAGCCGAUGGGCUCAGCUAGCCUGGAAAAACGCUAGCGCUGGAGGAUGGGGGGUUCAAUUUGUACCAUUUUUAUGGGCUUUUAUAACUCUUCAGGUUCUCCUACAGUCGUUGCGCAUAUUCCGUGGUAAUGAUGAGGUUCAGCCUCCUACUCUGCUAGCAAUCGCACUGCCUCAUAUUCCUCCACCAUUUCCUUCGCUCAUCAUGAAUGGACUGAGGUAUAUACAGUUGGCUGUUUCUUUCUUCGACAGUCUGGCGGCAGUUAUACUUGGCAUAGGGGUGGUAGUACUAAUAUCCAGUUGGAUGACCGACUAAAAGCGUGCUGCACGGGUCAGCGCAUAAAGAGUCUACCCUCAUGAAUUAUGUGUAGGACUAGAUGUUCUAUAGACUACAGCUGCAUAUAAAAGAAGGUUGUCUGAUAAAACUUAUGGAAGAACAGCUGCAGCCCCCGUCUUAGGUGGAUCAGGCGGGGACAGCGAGAGUUCGCUAUUCGUUUCAUCCGAUUGCUGCCUGCCAAUCUCUGUAACAGACUUAGGUCGGGAUGUACGAGUGCGAACUUUGGAAAUCGGCUGUCUUGGUUUCUGCGCAGGUGUGAAUAGUGGAAGCCCUGCAGCUAAUGCCUCGGCCUUGAAUUCCUUCCACGGAUUUCCGCCUCCAUGGUCCAUGAGCUCUUGUACUAUUGAUGUCGACCAUUUUUUGUCCAUAUCAAUAAUACGUUGAAUACCGGUCUCUACAUCAUGUUGUUGUUGCCGUGAGUUUUUAUACAGCUAUUUUUUGAAAAAGGAAAACGGUGUUUUUAACAUACC